AUGGCAAGAAGUACUACUCUUGGAAAGAGAACAAGAAGCUCUACAAUCUUUGAGCCCGAUUUGGGAUUGAAGCAAGUGAAGCGACAGACUCGCAGCCUCCGCAUCAAUGACGAGAAUGAGGACCCAAAGUCAGUUACGAUUGCCGUUGAUCGCACUCGAGAAUCUUCCACCGCAGAAUUGACCGAGGAGUCACUCUCUGCUACACCUGCUUCCGACGAGGACGAUGAUGCGGAUCUAGGCCCGCGGUUAAGGAGGAAGAGAAGCACUCUGGGCAAUAGCAACCAAUCCACUGCGCACCGCGACUCCUCGUCGAGUCCGACGAAAGCAAACUUCAAGCCAAUUACACCAAGCACCCCACGAUUCAGAGAUGCACUUGCCAAAGUGCCAGUCACACCCAGACACCGGGUCACUUUUGUUGGCAAGGUUUCGAAGCGAUCCACUCCCCAAACACCCCUGACUCCGACUGCAGUACAGACUGUCUAUCACAAAGCCCGGCAACUCUUCUCGCGCAGCGCAGAUCCUGGUCAGUUGAUCGGACGAGAUGAUGAACGGAAGCAGCUCAGAGAAUUUCUUGGUCGUUGCUCCGAGGUGCACUCAAGUGGGGGUCUGUACGUUAGUGGACCGCCAGGAACGGGCAAAAGUGCCAUGGUCAAUGAGAUGACCGAGGAAGCUGCAAAGGCGUCCACUGUCAAGAAAGCCUACAUCAACUGCAUGAGCAUCAAGUCGUCCAAAGACCUUUACGCCACAUUAAUUGACCAGCUAUGCAAAGAUGGCGAGAUCGCCGAAGCAGAUGCUGCCUCGAGCCUGCAGAAGCUAUUUCUGCCGAAAAAGAAGACCUCUGACGUCUACCUGGUCGUUUUGGACGAGAUUGAUCACAUUCUUACUCUCGAUCUAGAGAGUCUGUACAGCGUUUUUGAAUGGUCACUUCAAAAAACGUCUCGUCUCGUAUUGGUCGGAAUUGCCAAUGCACUUGAUCUGACUGAUCGGUUUCUACCGCGACUAAAGUCGCGCAACCUCAAGCCAGAGCUCUUGCCGUUUUUGCCGUACUCGGCUAUUCAGAUCAAGGCUAUCAUUACGACUCGCCUCAAGAGCCUCGUGCCUGAAGGAGCACCGCUGCCAUUUAUCCACCCUGCUGCCAUCGAGCUAUGCUCCAGAAAAGUGUCUAGUCAAACGGGUGAUCUGAGAAAGGCUUUCGAGAUAUGUCGCAGGGCCAUCGAUCUCGUUGAAAUGGAAACAAAGCAAAAGCACGAGGCCGAAGUCAAGGAACAGAUUCUGCUGGCUACACCUUCACGUAAAGUCUUGGGCGAAAACAACAACCUGUCGUCGCCAGGCCGGGGGAAUCCAGAUAAGAACGUGUCGGCUGCCCUUGCAACUUCCCUGAAGAGUCUCACCAUCGAGACUGCGCCGCGGGUUAGUAUUGGCCAUCUCAAUAAGAUUACUGCGGCGGCCUUUAGCAAUGGAACAAACCAACGACUCAAGACACUGAAUCUACAACAAAAGGCAGCCCUGUGUUCCCUAGUUGCGCUUGAAAAGCGCAACAAGAACUCAAAAACGUCCGUCUUGAGUACGCCUUCCAAAACACAAACCUCAGCACCCACAAUCAAGACCUUGUACGAUACAUAUUGCAAACUUUGCACGGAAGACUCCAUGUUACAUCCGCUCUCGAGCUCAGAAUUUCGAGAAGUCAUGGGUAGUUUGGAGACCAUGUCGCUGAUUACUGCUGUUGACGGAAAAACUGGCUCUUUUUCAGCGGCUCAGACUCCAAGCAAGAGAGGCAAGCGCGGCGGUUUCGGUAUGAGCGUUGGCCUAGUGGAUGAGAAGAGAGUUGCGAGCUCUGUCGGCGAGAAAGAAAUGGAACAGGCUAUAGAAGGUGUCGGUUCAGGUAUUCUUGAGAGCAUUUUGAGCGGCGAAGCGUUGGACUAG